AUGGCUGGUUUUCUUUUGAACGCAUCAACUCUUGAUCUUGGGCUUAGCUUGAAUACUCUUCAUACCCAAGCUUGUCAUCAUGCUGAUCAGAGUAACCAAAGAUUGCAAAUGGAUUCGACAAUAGUCCCAGGGGGUUACAAUAAUGAUCCGAUGCAGUGGUCAUACCCAAGUCACUUGGUACGCCUCAAAAGUCCUAAUUGCUCAGAAUCAAACCCUGAUAAUUCUACUGAAGACCUGGAGGGAGUCCAGAGCAAAGAACGAUGGACUUAUGUUAAGGUCAAUAUGGAUGGGGUUAUCGUAGGCAGGAAAAUCUGCCUCGUCAAUCAUGCUGGCUAUGCUGACCUUGCUCUUCAACUAGAGAACAUGUUUGGCGGGUUAACAGCAUAUGGCUUACGCUUGUUUCAACGUGGAUCGGAGUUUAUGCUCUUCUACAAGGACAGAGAGGAGAAGUGGAGGUCUGCUGGUGAUGUUCCAUGGAAAGAAUUUGUAGAUUGUGCAAAAAGGUUAAGGAUAUUGCAAAAGAACAAAGUGCUACUCUCUUAA